AUGAUGCUCUCUUCGCACCACGGCAAGUCUGUUCCUUCUCCUUCUCCCUCUACCGUCUCCAUCGACAACUCUCGACCAUACUUCAACAACGGCGUCACCCACAAUCGCAGAACAAGCAACAACAAUGACAGCUUUGGAACCAAAUUUCUCAAGGACGAGUUGUCGUCGAUCGAGCCCACGGACGCCAUGGACAUUCACCAAUUGAUGCUCCAAAAGUCCAACUUGAAGAACAGCAGCAAUGCCUGUCAACAGACACCCAGGAAGCAGUUUGUCAAUACUGGAAACAAGGCCGUCACUCAACAGCAACAGAUUGACAACUCACUAGCAGGGCUAGAAAACGCCACGUCUUCUAAUUCUUCCCCAAAACGACUCCAGUGCACCGACCUCUUUAUCGCAACAGAACUGCUCCACCAACACCAACAGCACGGCGGUUCGUCCCUCGUUCGUCCAGCGCCAAUGCAACAGCAACAACGACAACAACAUCCUCAUAGCGUCCGAUCUGCCGUCCCUGACAACGACUUUCUUUGGAACACGCCUCCAGCAAACUGCAAGAUGCCCAACCCAAACCUCUCAAGGAGGGCCUCAUUGACUGCCGUCAUGAUGUCCCCUCCAUCUGGUGUGGGGCUGGUCAAGUCUACCGCCAACCAUGGAAUCUUUUCGUCUAGAGACUUCGUCAUGAGUGAGAGCGUCAAGGAGCCCGAUAUGUCCAAGCAGAAGGCUGUCCAAAAGAGAAUCAACAAUCUCAGCGGCCCAAGCAGGAGGCAUUCUGUGCCCAAUCUCUCAGCCGCUCGUCAAGCCAACUCCAACAGCAACACCAAUAACAACGCCAACAGUGCAACGAACGCGCCUUUUCCGCGGAUGACGACAGGCGCAUUCGGCAUGCCUGGAGCAGCAAUGGACGGAUCGUACGUCCCGACACCAACCGACUCUGCAUUCCAUGGCUCUAUCAGUGGCGACCAUCACAAUCAGUUCCCCGACUUUUCUACCUCGACCACCCACGCCAUAACCCCACAUCUCCCGCCCACACCCGCCGAGGCCUAUUUCGCCUCUGGUGUCCAUCCAUUCGACCUUCUUCCUGGAAGUGCAGGAGCUGCUGACGCCUGGUUAAACAAUGGCGCCGCAGGAAUGCCGCCAGUCCCUCCACCCAUGUCAACUGCAACAAAGUCCGCCACCAUUCAGUAUCUUCAGCAGCUCCAGCAAUCCAUGAUCUGCCCUGACAGCCAAAGUUUCCCUAAUCUUGCUCAACAGCAACCACAAUCAAAGCAGCAGAGGACUCCACAAACAGGACCACAGUCGCGACGCGGGUCAAAGGCCAAAGUCAAGCGUAGAGUCGGCAGCGUCCCAGCCCCCGCCCCACCAAUGCUCCAAUCCUACAUGCCAACAGACAUGAACUGGUCUCUGCCUCCAUCAGAUCAACAGCUCCUCGCUAAUAGUGUCUGCCAACAACAGCAGUUCAACAACUCCGACGUCUCAGCUUCUCUUCCACCAACACCAACGCCUUCAACCACCCCACGCACGUUUUACCAUGGCCCUGCUCCUUGCGGCAACCCAGAGCCUCUGUACGAAUAUCUGGCAUCCCCUACAGUUGUGCCCGGUCUAGAGAUCAUUGGACACGACUUUUACGGCAACUAUGUCCAGAUCCUUCCUAUUUGCCCCGACACGACCUGCAGCAUGAACCAGGAUCCCGUUUACCUCAAUCUCCUGCAGGCUAUCUACGCCCAUACUAUCCCGUUCUUGGAUCUUGCACCUGGAUCAGAGGAGGAGACCCAGCUUCUGAACAAUGGCACGCCUUCGGCGAUCGCCACCCAGUCGAUUCAACCUCCCUUCAAGAACUUGUUGCCACUCAACGGCACUGCUGGUCAGAACAGUGAUAUCUACAGCGCUCAACUAAUUUCGUCUGGGUCGCACACCACGCUGGGCCAGCAUUCGACGUUGACGCCUUCGGUGUCUUCGCCUUCAUUCCAACAGUUGUCAGCCAAUAGAAACAACACCAACAACUCUGAGUCUAGCAAGCUUCUUCGCCGGGCUUCGAUGGCUUCUAUCAGCUCCAGCAACGGCAACGCUGCCUCCAACAGCCGCCGCUCCAGCGUCGUGUCGAACCUCAGUCUGAGCAACCCAGCGAGGAAGAAGAAGAACGCGCCGAGGACGCACCCUUACAAAUCGACCAGCUCGUUCAAAGAGGACAACCCCAUGGUCACAGAGGCCAUUCUAACGCAGGUCGGAGGACUCGGUGGAAUCGGCAAUAGCGCAACUGUCAGCGCAACGGAUCCUCGUCAUAAAGUCGCCGAGAAGAUGGUUCACAUGGACGAGGCCGAAUAUGCUGCACAUUACUCCAAGCACCAGCAGGUCAUGAACAAGUCUGCAUCGACAACGGCGCUCUGUCUUGCUCAGACCUUGGUGACCUCUAUGAGCGGUAGUUCCUUGGGACCCCUCAAUCCUAGUUCGUUGAUGUCGUCCUCCGUCACAGCACCGUCGAUCGCCAAUGCGAUGACGAGCAGCAGCAUCGGGAAUGGAUCUAUCUCCAACAACGCGUCUUCGUCCUCGCCUUUGGAUUCGAUCGUGGCUGCCGACUUUAUCAGAGCCCUCUCCGAAUGCAGCGGUACCAUGAACGACUUGGGCCUUCAAGGCGAAGGCAUGCAGCCCGCUGCGGCCGAAAUUAGUCUGUCCGAGCGCGACAUCUUAAGCCUUGAGAACUUGAUGAUGAUGGACAGCAAUUCUGCAGCUGCCGUUCAAGCAGCUGCCGCGACCGCUUGGCCCAACUGGUUCGAUCUCAGCCAGCUGGAAAAGGAUGUCUGUGAAGCUGGGUUAGGUCACCAAGCGUCCGCCUUUUCGUCUGCGUCUUGCUCCAUGGCCAACUUGCCCCUCUCGACCUCUUCGACCUUGACUUCUUUUGCGAACCACCACAACCGCAACAACAACUCUGCAAGGGAUGCGUUAACAACCAACUUAUUGCUCAGUUCAAGCACCGAUCUUGCCAUGAUGGACGAUCUGUUUGAGGACAACAGUAAACAGCAGCAGCAGUCUCAAGUCUUCAAGGGUUCGCUUGGCAGCAGUGACCAAGACACCGAGAUGACUAUGGUUUCCAUGUCUCCAGCCACAAAACUGAACCACGUCAACAGCACCAGCCAAGUCCUUGUCUUUGACCAGGUCUCAACCUCUCCUCUCCAACAAGGCUCUUCCUCCCACCGAGGCAUUAGUCCCUCGGGUGAAUCAACUACAUCCUUCUCCUCUCGCGCCAGCACCGACGCGACCGUCAACACCUCCGGCAACAACGACGACAGAGAGCCCAAGGCCCCAAUCGCCAACGACCUGACACUCCCUUACACGUCAUCGCUGUUAACAGUCCUCCCCUUCUCUGCCCAUCACUCACAUCCCAUCUUCCCGACCCGAGGCAACCGCCGCUCAGGCUGGUACCGAUCCAAGUCGGUGGCGUCUCAGGGCCUGAGCCAGAUCACCGGAGUCGAUUAUACGACCACGUGCUGGUACGACGUCGAGCGGCUCCAGGACGUGGUCCGUGACUCGAUCUCCUUCCAGGAAUCGAGUGGAUUGAAGUCCUUGGAGGACCUGACUGAACCCGGUCCUUCAAGUGCCACCAAGAACUAA